GCAUUACUAACAGGAUAUUGACAGCAGUCAAACAUAUGUUUAACUGUCAGUUUGUUUUUGUCUGGCUGAGAGUGUUGUGUUUUGGAAAAAUAUUUUUAUACCAGUUGCUUUGCUGCAUAUUUCACAAAUUUGGGCAGUUUUAGAAUUAUUCAAUAAAGGAUGUGCUAUUAUUAAACAUAUAUAUUGCCAAACAAUGGGUGGACGUCACAAUUAUUCAGAUAAAAACAAAAGUUCCUACGAUCGCAGCCGUCACCAUCAUUAUCACCAUGCUGAGCAUGAUGAACGAAAUAGAAGACACUAUGAUCGAGAUUCGGAUAGAGACAGAUAUCACAAAUCUUCCAGAGAUAGUUCAGAACACAAACACCAUCACACAUCGUAUAAACGCAGAGCGCACGAUGAGUAUGACCACCAUGCAAAGAGACCACGGUAUGAUAGGUACGAGGAACACCAUGAAAGUAAUCGCAAAUCCAAAGAGUUCAUUGAGAGAAAAGAUUUCAAAAAAUCCUUAAUGGAAAACCGGACAAAAAACUCCAAUGCAUUUCAAGCAAAAUCAUCAAAUAUCCCAUCACCCUAUGCCCAUUUGCCCCCGUCACCACCAAGACUUAAGAGGCCAACACAACCGAUUUCAUUGAACAUGACAGCAGAAUCCGCCGAUAUAGGAAGCGAUUUCGCUCCAAAGAAAGAAAAUACCAUCGAAAAGACUGCUGAUUCCCAUGAAACUAAUUCGACAAAAAAUCAAGUGGCAGAUAGUUCCAGUUAUGUUGGUAAUAUCGAAGAAUUGGAACAUCGCAAGGAAAUGAAAAAAGUGACAUCUACAUAUCAUGGUCAUCAUCAAAAUGCAUACGCACAAAAUAAGCACACAGGAACUCAUGAAGCAAACGAGCCCAGCAAAGAUAUUACAGUGUCGAAGAAUGAAAAUACUGGGAAAAUCCAAGCCCUUUCUUCAGAGACAUUAUUGUCUAAUACAGAAAAAUUAAACAGAUCAAGUCAAGUUCCUAUAAAGAACAAGUCCCAAACUCAUUGCAUUGAAAAUACUACAGAAAAAGAUUCCCAUAAAUAUACUGGGAAUGUUGUAAGCAAAUGGAGCAAAACAUUUGAUAAAUUGAAAACAAAUGAUGGCAGAGUACAAAGCAAUAUCACACAAAACGAAGAAAAUAAAAUUAAAAAUAAAACGGCCGGAAAUGAGAGUUGCAAUAAAAAUACUGGGAUUUUGAAGGGACCAUUUACCACUUCCACAAGUGGUAGUAACACCUUUAAAACAGCUUUUAUGGCUAAUUCCCCUCCCAUACAAGAUAAGGGUCCCAAGGAAAACCAAUUUUUUAAAAAUACCGAUUUUUCUAAACAAGCCCCCAUAAACUCGAAUUCGUGUAUGCAGCAAUUGCACCACGAGAAAGAUUCAACUAAUCGAGAUAACUAUGAAAAUAAUGAUUCUAAAAAAAAUACUGGGAAAAUUAAUGAACGUAAUUUAAAAUAUGACAACAAAGAUAAUCCAAAUAUGAAUAUUCAGCCUCAAGAGAAUAAUGAAAAUACUGGGAAUUUCGCUCAACCGCAUACAUCAAGGCAGUCCCAGUAUUUAAAGAAUACUGGUUAUUCAAAUCACAUCCAUAAAAUAUCUAAUUUGUGUACUCAGCAAUUGCAAGACGAUGGAGAGAAAACUAAUCGAAAUAAUAAGGACUUUAAGAAAAAUACUGGGAAAAUAAUUGAAGCCACAAUAGAAAGUAAUUUGAAAUAUACCAACAAAGUUAAUCCAAAUAUUGAUAUACAAGCUUUAGAGAAUAAUGGAAAGCAACACAAUGAAAAUACUGGGAAAUUUUCGCAUACCAAUAUAUUAAAUAAGGUAGCCCCACCAUAUGUCAAUAAAGCACAAUAUGAUGACGGAAAAAAUAGCAAUUCAAAGAGUGAUACCUCUAACUUUAACGCACACAAUAAAAAUACUGGGAAUUUUUGCAAGAAAGCCUCUGGUAAAUCUACCUCUCAAUGCAGAAUUACUCAAGCCGAAAGCCAAGAAAACAUGUGCAAUAAAAGUCCUUUUGAUAGUUCCCUAAAUCCCGAUCCUGGAGUGGUCAAACAAAAUACUGGGAAUUUUCCACCGAAUGUAAACAAAUUCAAUGGGCCACCGCCAUCGUUAUUGUUUUCUACAAAACAAAUAAAUGAAGGAAACCCAAAUUCAAAUUUGAAUAAAAAUACUGGGAUUGCGCAUAUGCAUCGUUAUGAGAAACCAGAUGGCCCUAUGAGCCAAACUUCAUCAGAAAUUAAUCAAAAUGACACUAAUGAUGCCAGAAAUAGUGCAAAUAAUUUCAAUUCGAACUUCAGUAAAAAUACUGGGAUUCCACCAAUCAGUUAUAAUGACAAACCAGGUGGUAGUAUGAACCAAUCACCAUCUAAACUUCACCAAUAUGCCUCUAAUAAAGGGAAUAUGGCAAAUAAUUCACCAAAUAUUGGGAAUUUUAUUCCUCCCAACAUGAGAUUUGAUAAACCCCCUCCGGUAUAUGGACUACCAAAAAUGUCAAAUGAAGAAAAUCCUUUUAAAAAUCAAUUUGGAAAUUUUCAAAAUCAACAAAAUACUAGUAUAAAUCCUAGAAACUUUCCUCCAAACUUCACUCAACCCCCUCCUACACUCGUUGGCAAUAUGGAAUUCAGGCACUACCAGGAAAAAAAUGCCACUAAUUCAAAUAGAAAUAAUUUCGAAAAUAGAAUAAAUCAAAAUAAUGGGAAUUAUACUGGUUUUUAUAAACGCCCACCGGCGUUUGGAAACAAUACACAAAAUACUGGGAUCAAUUAUCGCAAUUUAAAAGGCAAUCAAAAUAAUGGGAAUUUUACUGGAAAUGUGGUGAGACAAAAUAUUGGUAAUUUUUCUCAAAAUUCCCAUGAAUAUAAUUUUCCCUCGCCACAUGGAUAUAAUGCACAUAUAACUUCCCAACCCCACAGAUAUGAUGAAAACAAUCCUCGGAUUGUGGAAAUAAAUAAAAAUACUGGGAAUUUAUCCAACAACAACAACAUUUGUAAUGCUCCGGCUCCAUAUAAUCAUAACAGGGGACAUAAUAUGCCAGCUACACAAAGUCCAAAUGAAAUGAAUAAACAUUUCACCAAUAAUACUGGGAAUAUGAAUAAUAACAAAAAUACUGGUAAUCGUAUGGAAAAUAAUAAUAACAACAAUUGGGAACAAACAACAAACCAAAUACGGUCUUCCAAUGAAAUAGCAAACCGAUUUGAUAAAAAUCUAAAAAAUACUGGGGAUUUUUAUAAGGAAAAUAUAAGAUUGGAAGAUAAUAAGUCCUCAAGUUAUGAAGCAAAUAAAAAUACUGGGAACAAUGAUAUAUGUGGAAAUAAACCAAAUAAUGGGCCACCUGAAGUUAUGGGAAGUUUCGAAAAAGAAAAUACAAGUCUCCCGACCAUGAGUAAUCAAAAUCCUUUCGAUGAUAAGCUCCUCCAGGCGGUUCAAUUUGAUGUUACUGUGCCCCCUCCCCCUUUGAAUGGUAAUGAAAAUGGGAAAUAUUCGAAAAACAUACAAUUUGGCAUGCGCCGGCGAACAAAUAUUCGUUUGGUGGAUCAUAAAAUGGAUCGUCAUUUUGGUAUUAAAAAGCAAUUUUCAAAAUUCGGAAAUAAGGAAAUCACCAAAUAUCCUGUAAGAAGGGGAUUUAAUACACAACAGAUUGCAAAAUCAAAUGAUAAUAGGUUUCAAAUUAAUCCGAGCUUUGGUGGUAAUCAGCGUUUUUAUGAGGAUAUCAAUCCAGCUCCACCUGUUGAGAAUGUGAAUCCCGCUAAUAAUAUCGAACAAAAUAACAAUAAUGGUGGACAACAAUUGCGGCAGAACCAUCAACGGUACAGCAACCACAAUCCACGGAUGAAGCCAUUCGACAAUCGCAAUGGCAGGCCACCAUUCAAGUAUCAGCAUUUGCAAAAACCCCUUCCUGGAAUAGGAAAAUUCAAUCAAAGAGGCUUCAUAAAUAGAGCACCUUCAGUGAGAGGACGCCUUGUGCAAAGGGGCAAUAGAAAACCCAUACCCCUAUUAAAAUCAAGCCUGAAACACAAUUUCCAAAGGAAGUUGUCCCGAGCUGUCAUUGGAGUCCAAAACAAAUACGCCAAAAAACUCAUAAAAAGUAAAUUAAACACAACCAAAACGGAAAAAAAGAAAUCCAAGAAAACAAAAUUAAAACCCAAAGACACUUGCCCGGACCAGGAAACCGCUGGAGAUGAUCAUAUCGACAUAAAUAAACAAGUAUUCGGUGAUUUUAAACCCAUCCAGGUGAAUGGAAAGAAACCGGCCAAGGGCCAUUUGAAACCUGACCCCGAAGAAUAUUGGAAACAAUGGUGGUCCCUUUACGGUUAUGUGGAACACUCAAUUGCUCCAGUGGAUCGUAAUGAUCCCACUGUGGCGUCUGUACUAGAUUUCCUACUAACACCCAACGACAAGGAAUUUCGCAAACGUAAACGUGUCCUCCUCACCAUGGGUGUGGCAAAAAUACUUAAACACAUACGUAUCAAUGAAACGGAUUAUGCCUUACGGGAUAUUUUUAAUGUUCUCAAAUACAGACAUCAAUUGGAAGAUUCAAAAUUUCAACAGUAUUUGAGUGCAAAGGAAAUGCAACGCUUGGAAAUGGUAUUGAAAAAUGCCAGGAAAAAGACUCGUCGGGCAUUCUUCUAUCAAAGCAUGAUAUGUCGUUGGCAUUUCUCGACGCAGAUUGUGCAACGUGCAGAAAGCGGGGAACAGCUCAAAGUUGGUCAUGCCAGAAAACUGUUGGCCAACAAGGUGUUCCUUUAUUUCGUUUGCGAGUCCAUACAGGAAUUGAAGAAACUAAUUAACGAAGACUGGCCGGGAUUUGAAGAGUACUAUAAUUCAUUACAAAGUACAUAGAUUAAGAAAAUUCACACACAGAUUGUAUAUUAUAUACUAUCGUUCUUCAGUGCCAUACAUGUAAAUAUGCAUGAAUAAAUAAAAUAUAUAAAUAUAUACUUUCAGAAGUAUUAAAAA